AUGCUGCAGAUUGUAUGGUUGAAUAACCAGGAAGUUGGCGGGAUGACUAGUCCAAUUGAUGUCAUAGGAUCCAUGGUUGGCCUUGUAUCAAUGUGGCUUCCUGGGAACAGAUUUAGUGGAUCAAUCCCUAGUAAUAUCGAUAAUUUGACUUCUUUAAAGGAUCUCAACUUGAACGAGAAUCAACUUGUUGGUCUGAUUCUCCAAGAGCUUCCAUCUCUCACUGCAUUGAAACUGUCUGGCAAUGGGCUUAGUGGUACGAAACCAAAGAAUUUUCACAACUCAAUGCUGCAGAUUGUAUGGUUGAAUAACCAGGAAGUUGGCGGGAUGACUAGUCCAAUUGAUGUCAUAGGAUCCAUAGUUGGCCUUAAAUCUUCUCAGUUGACGAAUUUUUCAUGCUCCAAAUGUAACAUAGUAAGACCAUUGCCGGGAUAUUUUGGGGAGCUUCCAUCUCUCAGUGCAUUGAAACUGUCUGGCAAUGGGCUUAGUGGUACAAUACCAAACAAUUUUCACAACUCAAUGCUGCAGAUUUUAUGGUUGAAUAACCAGGAAGGUAGCGGGAUGACUAGUCCAAUUGAUGUCAUAGGAUCCAUGGUUGGCCUUGUAUCAUUGUGGCUUCAUGGGAACAGAUUUAGUGGAUCGAUCCUUGCUAAUAUCAAAAAUUUGCCUUCUUUAAAUGAUCUCAGCUUGAACGUAAAUCAACUUGUUGGUAUGAUUCCCCAAGGUUUGGCAAAUCUAGAUCUAUAUUCUUUGAAUCUGGACAGUAAUAUGUUGAUGGCUUGUUUAGCCUGUCUGCCCGUCACGGGUUGGGUUGGGAAAAUCCCAACCCGUAAAUCUUCUCAGUUGACGAUUUUUUCAUGCUCCAACUGUAACAUAGUAGGACCAUUGCCGAGAUAUUUUGGGGAGCUUCCAUCUCUUACUGCGUUGAACUGUAUGGCAAUGGGCUUAGUGGAAGGUGGUGGAAUGACUAGUCCAAUUGAUGUCAUAGGAUCCAUGGUUGGCCUUGUGUCAUUGUGGAUUCAUGGGAACCGAUUUAGUGGAUCAAUCCCUGGUAGUAUCGAGAAUUUGACUUCUUUAAAGGAUCUCAGCUUGAACGAGAAUCAACUUGUUGGUCUGAUUCCCCAAGGUUUGGCUAAUCUGGAUCUGUAG